GGUUAUAAAGUUUCUUACAUGUACGUUGUCGAGAGGGAAAUGAUUAUGAAAAAACGUAAGAGAAAGCAUUGCUCAGAUCACUCCGAUGAUAAUCCUGAGGGCAAAGUAUUUGAUGAUGAUAAGUUCAAAGUAUAUAUUAAAAAGUCAAAUAAAAAAAGCUCAUCAAAAGACAAAAAAAAGAAAUCCAAGGAUUCUAGUGAGUCCAAUUUCCACAAUUCAUUAGUUAAGAAGUUUAAAAAAAAGAAAAAACAUGAUGCUAGUCAUAGUCAUGAAGCAAAACUAGAAUUUCACAAUUCAUCAUCAAAUACUUCCACUGUAUCUUCGGUUCCGAUGAUCACCAAACCUGAAGUCAACCAGGCAACUGCAGGGUUCAAUGCAGUUAUAAAUAAUAGUACUUUAUUACGCAACAACAUGAGAGAUUCGCCAAGACAACAAAAUAUCCAAAAAUUCUUAUCAGAGCCAUCAAAAAUCGAAUUUUCGACACUUGGAGUUAAUAUAUCUCAGGAAGUUAAUAUUAGGCCUGAUGAUGGUGAAUUAUUAGAAAUAGAACUAUCAGCUGCUGAUUCUAGGGAAGUUGAUGAUCUUGAUACAGAAAGUAAAGUUACAAAAGCUUAUUCAAAUAAGUCAGAAAAAUCGUAUAACUCUCAACUUUUAAAAAAUUACAUCAGAGAUAGUGCCCGUGAACAUUUAUGGGCUACUCGUGAAGUAAUGAGAACUAAUUCAGAAGAAAAGACCAUAUCAAUACUAGCUGUCAACAAGAAAGAGAAAGAGGGUGAAAGCCAUCAAGUACAAACAGAUGGUUUAAACAGUACAAACCACCAAUCCAGUAAAAAUUCAGAUAUUGUUCGAGCAAUUAAAGGUUUUUAUGACGAAAUGACGGGAAACCCUGAAUAUUUCACCUAUGAACAUACAAAACUAGACAAAAAGAAAAAAGCAAUUGUACCUGUUGACAAUUUGGUAAAAGACACUGAUAAUUUGUCAGACAUUGUUAAAAAAACUGUAGAAGACUCAGAUGAUUCACUUCCCACAAACCAAUCUGCACAGUUUUUCUCUUUAGAAAAUAGAGUAAUACUAGUUCUUAAGCCACAAACUCAGUUUUCGUUUUUAGGAAAGCUCAAGUUACAAGUUUUGUAUGGUGCUAUCAAGCUUUAUGGAUCAGUUUUUCAUUUCAGAAAUACAGCAAAACCUGUGGAAGCUUAUUCACCCCGUGGUUAUAGCUCUCUUACUAUGACAACUUUUUAUCUUGAUGGUGCAUAUGACAAGGAAGCUUUGUGGGAUGCUUUAAUAUUGGAAGGUGUAGACAGAUCUUUAAAAACUAAAUUGCAUGACGCUGUAACAGAAUGCACAGAUGAGUGGUCUGUCCUCUUACUUGAGAACUUUGAAAACACAUUAACAAACUUUUUAAGCAAUUACUGUCCUUUAAAGUUGUUUCCUAAAAUAGACAAUACAAAGUAUAUGUGGUGCGAUUCUAAAAGGGCUGAAUGCGUCGUACAAGCUAAUUUUCAGUUUUGCAACUCCAGUAAUGAAAUAUCAAUUUGUCCACAAUGGAACGAAAAAGUGACAAGGCAACUGUUGAUCCAAUGGGAUUCCCACAAAUUCUUGCAUACCAUGAUUGUGGGUGGUAAAGGAGUAGGAAAGUCCACGACAGCUCGUUAUCUAAUCAACAGUCUGUUGUUCUACUCGAAAAAAAUCAUUUUACUUGAUCUUGAUCCUGGACAGGCGGAAAUGACACCUGCAGCUUGUAUGUCGUUAAAUGUCAUUGAUGAGCCAUUGUUAGGUCCAAACUUUACACAUCUCAAAACGCCAUUUUAUCAUGUAUAUUUAGAGGAUAUAAAUGUGUCCAACUGUAUUACUCGAUACAUAGAGUGCACUAAAAAACUGGUUGAGUUUUACCAGAGUAGAAAAGAUUUAGCACAUUAUCCACUUAUUGUAAACACAAUGGGAUUCUGCAAAGGCAUUGGACUAGAUAUCUGCAUUUUUUUGAUUAAACUAAUUGAACCCAGCAAUGUAAUCCAGAUACUAUCUAAAAGACCUAAAAAUAACUUUGAAUUUGCAUUACUCAACCAUACUGUUAAUGAACACAAAUUUUCUUUGAUGUGCUUAAACAAUGAUAGCCAAGUAUCAAAAAAAGCAUGUAUUUACGAGUUGCAUUAUGUACCAACUAUGGCAGAAGGAAAACGUCACUUUGAAACUUGGAAUAUGGAGCCUAGGCAACAGCGUGAACUUGUACUACUUUCUUACCUCAGUCAAAUUAUAAAAAAUGCAGAUGAUGAAAACUUCUGCAAUGCCGUCUCGAAUAACAUUAAUAACAUUGUUCCGUAUGAGCUGCCAUUUUCGUCUUUUUAUGUGACUCUCAUCAAAUCAAUGAUUUCACCUACACAUAUACUUGCGGCGAUGAAUGGAAAUCUCGUAGCCUUAUGUGGGAUAGACUUAGAUGACGAUACUUCUCAAAAGAGCAGAGAAUGUUUGAAGUACCCUAUGGUCCUAAUAAAACCACCGCCUUGCACUUGUUAUGGAUUUGAGUUGGCACGGUGCAUCAACCCGAUCAAAUCAGAGGUCGCACGGUGGCGACACCUAGUAAGCCAUGAUCACAGCUGACGGCGAGAAGUGCGCGCGCCAAGCUGCUUUUGCUAUCACCUACCGGCUGCUGUGCUUCGGCCGCUCUCUCUCUUGUGCUGA